GCUCGCGAUCGCCUGGCGCGCCGGCGGCUGCGGAGGCGGGCUCACCACCCAAGCUCGAGAUCUCCUUCGAGCUCACGGCGCCCCCCGUAGGUGGCGGCCUGGAGCACGAGGUGACGUACCGUGACCUCGAGCGCUUCGAGGACCUCAGGCGAGACCUUGCGGACCCUCACAGCGCCCUGCGCUUUCGCAUCAAGGCGCAGCUGGAGAGGGCCCUCGAAGCCGAGUCCCGCAUGCCCUCGGCGCCGCCGCCUCUGGACCCGCUGGACAGCCCAGUGCUGCUGGAGCUGGCGGAGGAGAUCGACUCCCUGCGCUGCCCGGGCCACGGCGCCCUUGUGGCGCUGUGCGGCGAGCGCCUGCGGCGCCGCGCCGGCCAGCGCUUCGCGGGGGCGCUGCGCGCGCGCGGGGCGCGCGUGCUGCUCGCGCCGGAUGCCCGCGCGCUGGCGGCGUGGGCCGGAAGCCCGCGGGCGCCCGGCUCCCCGGCGGAGCGCGUCGUGUUGGUGGCGGACUGGCGGGCGCUGCCCGGCUGCCUCGGGGUGCUGCGCAGGGCCGCCGAGGAGGACGGGCUCCCGCUGACGCUCCACGGCGCCGUGGUCCUCUGCGACCACUGCGAGCUGAAGGAAGCGGAACGCACCGCGGAGUCCGCCCAGCUCAGCUGCCACUGGAAGGCGGCGCUGCUGGACGAGCCGGAGCGGGGUCCCAAGCUCGAAGCGGGAGGCAUUCUUGGCCUUCGGUCGCCGCCGCGUGCGCUGGGCGGCAGCUACAUGAUGAAGGCUAUUUCCAGGGCGGAGAAGGAGUUCGUGGGCUUUCCCGUGCCGGAAGCCAUCUCCAAGGAGGUCACGGUGGACGGCCUUCCCCUGCCGGCCCCCUACCAGCCCUACUCCGACAACCACGAGGUCCGGCGGUGGGGCGCCGAGACCAUGCGCCUCACCUCGGAGCCGCCGUUCCCCGCUGCGCGCUUCGCGGACCACACGGCGCAGUUCGGCCUGGUGCAGCUGUGA